AUGUUACAUGGAUUUAUCACAUUUCCCGCACGGAAUGAAAAACGAAUUAUAGAGAUUGACUUAAAAUAUUCUCUGGUUAGUAAUUUUACAUCGAUUCUCGUUUUAGAAACAUGGCAACAACAUAUUGAACACAAUAUUUGUUCGCAUAAAUCUCAAGUCAAACUAUACAAUAAUUGCGUAAAUCACCAACGAGCACAUGAACAAGAAGAAACGGCAGUAAAGCAAGCAAAAAUGACUACUGUACUCAAUCUAUGAGAAUCAAGUGAUCACAUUGUACAAGCAGCACGAAAUCCGGAAGAUAUCAGUGCAACUAAACUAACGAUUGUUGUACAACAUUGGGAUCUAGACAAUCCGUACAUGAUUAAAAUAGAACAGGCAAAUCCGUCACUUACACCAAGAUUAGCUUCGAUUGAUAUAUUUAAUCAAAAUAUUUCAAUAUCCAACGUUUCAACACAAGAAGUGAAUGAUCCAAAUAAAUACAGAUAUUUUGGUUUACGCAUUUUAACAAAUGUUCUCGAAUUAGAAUUAGAAUCACCUCAAUUAUUACGAACAGUUGCUUAUAAAUUCGUUGAACUUGGUCUUCGUCAACUAUAA